AAAUAUGAAUAAUGAUUUAACAAAAACAACACAAAGACAGCGGCUAAUAGAUGACCUUUCACCUUUAGCUAGCAUUGAGGCAGCAGUCAUGGACGGAAGAAGACACGAUACACCACGGUGCAGGAGAGCAGGUCGAACGAAAGAGUGAGAAGCAGGGGAGAAUCGACAUACUAGGCCUUCCAAAAGUUGCGGUGGUGCUCAGAUGGUCGAUGACCUCAAACGCAAGGCUUUAGGGGUGCAGCAGUGCGGCCCCGGCCCGGCCCGACGGCACCAUGCAUCAAAAAGGAGCCAUCCAGAUUAUUGAAUGGGAGGACCUGGACAAGAGGAAGUUCUACUCCUUGGGCGUGCUCAUGACCUUGACCACGCGGGCCACGGUGUACCCGGCCAGCCUCAUCCGCACCCGCCUGCAAGUGCAGAAGGGCAAGACGCUGUACUCGGGCACGGUGGAUGCCUUCUGCAAGAUUCUGCGAGCGGAGGGCGUGCAGGGCCUUUACCGCGGCUUCAUGGUCAACACCUUCACGUUGCUGUCGGGCCAGGCGUACAUCACCACCUAUGAGCUGGUGCGCAAGUAUGUGUCCCAGUAUUCGACCAGCAACACGAUCAAGUCGGUGGUGGCCGGAGGGGCAGCGUCCCUGGUGGCGCAGACCAUUACGGUGCCCAUAGACGUGGUGUCGCAGCAUCUGAUGAUGCAAGGCCAGAGCGAACACUUGACUCGUUUCAAGGCUAAACCCAAAAUGAUGCUGGUGGCUACCAAACGCAGACUUACCUUUGGGCAAACCAGGGAGAUUUCAGUGCAGAUCUUUGCAGCAGAUGGCUUGAGGGGCUUCUACAGGGGGUACUUGGCAUCGCUGCUCACCUACAUCCCCAACAGUGCCCUCUGGUGGCCUUUUUAUCACUUUUACGCAGAAAAGCUCUCCUUGAUUGCACCCACUGAGUGCCCCCACCUCAUUCUGCAGGGGUUGGCCGGUCCGAUGGCUGCCGCCACCGCCUCCACCAUCACCAACCCCAUGGACGUUGUCCGAGCUAGGGUGCAGUUGGAGGGCCGCUCGUCCGUAGUGGAGACCUUCAAGCAGCUGCUGGCCGAGGAGGGCGUGGGGGCCAUGACCAAAGGACUGUCGGCCCGCAUCAUCUCCUCUACACCCACAUCAGUGCUCAUCGUAGUGGGCUACGAGACUCUCAAGAGGCUGAGCCUGCGAGCCGACCUGGUUGAGUCCAGACAUUGGUGAGGGAGGGAGGAAGAGGAGCCGCCUCACGCCACAGUUUACCUCAUCGCAGCGUCACCAUUAGGUCAAAUCACUGCCAAAAAUGUACACAUUUUAUUUUUAAAUGUCACCCAGAAAAUGAAAGUUUCUCUUUAAGGGACUGUAGCGGGACUUUAAAACUGCCGUACUUUGUAUUUUAGCGACAAUUUGUGUGUGUCACACUCUGAACCACCUUUUUAUACAGUAGAACAUCCACAUGGAUCAUAUGAUCUUUUUUUGUGUGCCAAAAAACUGCUUUGAGAAAGCACAGCCAAUAUCUGAUUGCAUUCCAGUGAUCACACUUGACAAAACGUGCUCUAAUUUAAAGAGAGAAUGAACAAUUCAUGACAAUAACGGCCAGUCAGUGAUUAAUGUUUCAGGACACCUAAAUAGCUAAAUUUUGGUUACUAGGAACUUUUUUUCUUUUUAGACCUUUAUAUUUUCUUUGUGUGUCAUUUUGAAUACAACACAAACAGAAUGAACAAGCCAAACAAUCCAGGAUAAGAUACACACCAGCACAACAAAGUCAACAAACUGCCUUCCACUAAAUGCGAGGACGUUUUUCCUGUUUGGAAAAACUGGAACUGAUGAGCAUGGAUGGAUGGACUGAUGUUGAACUACACACUUAAAUCUACCUACUGUCUAGUGUACUUUACGUUUCUGGGAAUUGUUGCUGUAACGGGGAGCGCUUGUGGGUCAAUGAAAUUAAUAAAAAACAGUACAGUGGAUGACACUUUGAAAUGGUUUU